GCAGCAGCGGCUUAGGGAGCAGAGCUACAACACUGUGUAGUGCAGGAACAGACACGACAGAGCGCUGAAAACCGCCAGCGGAACAAAUGAAAACGAAAACUACCCUUUCAUUUGGAUUAAUUUACCGGAGAUACACUCAGCCGAAGAGGGGAGCUAUUUAGGCGACAUUGGAGCGACUGACGUGGACCGGGACAUUAGUGUAUGAUAACACCGCCGAAUGGUUUCUGCUGCCCCGCCGCUAAGGUUGCAGGCUAAGAGAAGCAGCUGAUAAUGCCUGGCAUCUCCUCCGGAUCCACACCCACUUCCGGCCUUUAGAGGAAGCGGCUGUGCCAGCAUGUCCUCUCAUCCUCAGUCUGUACCGCCGGGCCGGAGGACUGUGGAUACCCGGCACCUGCCAAACCCCGCCACUCUACCACUGCAGCUGCAACGGGCACACACGGAAGUGGGACUGAUUGACUACCACUCUCAUCAUGCCAGAGACUACAGCUCUCACCUGGCACAACCCCAUCGCCGUCGGCCGUCCUUGCUUUCAGAGUUUCAGCCUGGAAAUGAGAGAGGACAAGAGCAGCAUAUCCGCUAUGAACACCUCUACCUGCCAGAGCACAGCGGACAAUCAGAGGUGGAGUACACGGAGGUCAAAAGGCCUCGUUUAGACAUGGUACCAGAGUCUUUGAUGAGGCCUUCAUCCCACCGGCUGCCAUUGCCUCUGGGAGGGGCUGAGGAUAUGGCAAAGGAGCGUGGAAGUGCCAUGGGAAAGCUGGAGCCAAUCUCCCCCGUGAGCCCGGUCCAUAUGGACCCUGACUUGGAUCUGGUGCCGGCUCGCUUCUCAAAGGAGGAGCUGAUUCAGAACAUGGACCGCGUGGACCGGGAGAUCACCAUGGUGGAGCAGCAGAUCUGCAAGCUUCGCAAGAAACAGCAACAGCUGGAGGAGGAGGCUGCAAAGCCCCAUGAGCCGGAGCGGCCCAUCUCACCUCCACCCAGCGAGGCCAAGCACCGCAGCCUGGUGCAGAUCAUCUAUGACGAGAACAGGAAAAAGGCAGAAGAGGCUCACAGGGUACUGGAGGGACUGGGACCCAGGGUAGAACUGCCUCUGUACAAUCAGCCAUCUGACACCAAGCAGUACCAUGACAACAUCAAGAUAAACCAGGCGAUGAGGAAGAAGCUCAUCUUGUACUUCAAGAGGAGAAAUCAUGCUCGUAAGCAGUGGGAACAGAAAUUUUGCCAGCGGUAUGACCAGCUGAUGGAAGCCUGGGAGAAGAAGGUGGAGCGCAUCGAAAACAACCCGCGGCGCCGGGCCAAGGAGAGCAAGGUGCGGGAGUACUACGAGAAACAGUUCCCAGAGAUCCGCAAGCAAAGAGAGAUGCAGGAGCGCAUGCAGAGCCGUGUUGGGCAGCGAGGAGGUGGGCUGACCUCGUCUGCAGCUCGCAGUGAACAUGAGGUCUCUGAGAUCAUAGAUGGAAUAUCAGAGCACGAGAACACAGAGAAGCAAAUGCGACAGCUGGCGGUUAUUCCUCCCAUGCUGUUUGACGCUGAGCAGCAACGCAUCAAGUUCAUUAACAUGAACGGACUGAUGGACGACCCCAUGAAGGUGUACAAGGACCGGCAGGUGAUGAACAUGUGGAGCGAGCAGGAGAAGGACACUUUCAGAGAGAAGUUCAUACAGCACCCUAAAAACUUUGGUCUGAUUGCCUCCUUCCUGGAGAGAAAGACUGUGGCUGAGUGUGUGCUCUUUUACUACCUGACCAAAAAGAAUGAAAACUACAAGAACAUAGUGCGGAGGAACUACAGACGCAGAGGAAGAAGCCAGCACGGCCAGCAGCAGCAACAACAGCAACAAGUGCACCGGAGCAGCCAGGACGACAAGGAGAAGGAGGAGAAAGAGAAGGAGGGAGAGAGGGAUGAGGAGAAAAAUGAAGCCGAAGACAAAGAGGAUGGAAUGAAGGAUGACACCUCUGGUGAAGAUGCAGAGGACAAAGAGCCCACUGUGGCUUUCAAGGGUCGACGCACAGCCAACAGCCAGGGGCGCCGCAAGGGCCGCAUCACCCGCUCCAUGACCAGUGAAGUAGAGGAGACCACCACACCGCCACUCAACAAUGAGCUCGCCAAUCUGGAGAUGAAUGAGAGCUCUCGCUGGACUGAAGAAGAGAUGGAAACUGCCAAAAAAGGCCUUCUCCAGUAUGGUAGGAAUUGGUCCGCCAUCGCCAAGAUGGUGGGAUCCAAAACUGUGUCGCAGUGCAAGAACUUCUACUUCAACUACAAGAAGAGGCAGAAACUGGAUGAGAUUCUGCAGCAGCAUAAAAUGAAAUCGGAGAAGGAGCGAAAGGCCCGGCGUAGGGGCAAAUCCUCACAGAAUGAGGAGACCAGUGCUUCGUAUGCAGCAGAGGAGGAGGAAAUGGAGGGUUCAGGAGCAAGUGGCAAUGAAGACGAGGCCCCUGAAGAUGGAGAAGGUGGAGCCAACAACAGCUCUGACACUGAGAGUCUGCCCUCGCCACACUCAUCAGAGGACAGCAAGGCUAAGGAGGAAGGCUCGAGCCGGUCAAAGGCUAGCUCCAACAGCGGGGACAAAGAGGCUAGUGGGUCCGACAUGGGCCAGGCAGGGGACGAGAGACCUCCUGUAAAGGAAGAUGCAGACUUAGCAAUCAAGCAGGAGAUAAAGACUGAGACAGGGGAGCCCAACAAAGAGCCGUCAACAGCACCCAGCGAUGCCACAGAUAAAAAACCUCCUUUAGCAGAGACAGAGGACAAAACCUCCACCAAGAGCUCCAAGAAGGAGCAUGGGGCCAAAAAAGACUCCCAUGGGGACAGCGACUCUAGUGCCACUUGCAGUGCCGAUGAAGUGGAGGAAACAGAAAGCACAGAGAAGAACAGGAUGACUUCACCUAGGCCAAGCCUGCUGAACUACACUCACGAUGGGGUCAUAUCCUCGCCGCUGCAGAAGCCCCUGGACCUGAAACAGUUAAAGCAGAGGGCUGCUGCCAUACCACCUAUUAUGCCAGAAGCCUCAAUGCAGGCUGGUCAGCGAGGCGGGGGUGGUAAGGCAGUACUGCCCCCCCACGCACUGGCACUGUACCAGCAGCAGAUCACCAUGGCUCAUGGGGAGUCCUCUCAGGAGGUCAAACAUCAGCAGCAGCAGCAGCAACAUCUCUCAGGCCAGCCAGGCAAACUGCAGCCUUACAGCUCACAGGGAGAUAGAGAGAGGGAAGCUCUUCACAGCAGCAGCCCUCGUGUUUGUUCGCGCAGCCCCUCCGCCAGCGACAAGGAUGAGCUGGAAGGCAACGAGAGGUGGUUACUGAUCCUCCUGCAGGGAUUAAAAAAGUCCCGGGAUUUCUCUCCACACGGUGAAGCCAAGAAGCAGGCGCUGGGCCCUGAUGACCUGAGGACCUCCAACCUGGGUCGGCAAGUUCUCUCUCCGUACCCCAUGUCCCCACGAGACAUGGCCAAAAUCAGUCACGACCAGCACCUGCUCCACUUCAAUUCUAUCCAGCAAGCAGGCCACCCUUCACUGUCCAGCCUGCCCCAGGACAGUGGUAGGUUAGCAGCAGUGAGGCCCCUCACCAUGCCAGAUCCACCACCACUCAUCUCCUCCUCCAAGCCAGGAGGCUCCAUCACACAGGGCACCCCGGUGCAGUUGCACAGCCCAGCUCAUGGGAUGGACCAUGGCAAGAUUCCUCCCACACAGAUGGGUCUGUCUUGGAUGGACCAAAGGAAAGUGGGACCUUACCCCGUGGUGAAGCAGGAACAGUUGUCCCCUUGCAGCUCUUCCUCCCAACCUGACAACUUGUCCACCCAGGGGCCGUCUCAUGAUAGUGCUGCUGGACGUGCAUCUAUUCCAGCCGUCCAGGGGGGGAGUAUCACUAAGGGCAUCCCAGGGACCAGAAUGCACCCAGAUUCCUCAAUCUCCUGCAGAGGGGGCUCCAUUACUCAGGGGACACCGGCUGAUGUGCUGUAUAAGGGAACCAUAACCCGUUUGAUCACAGAGGACAGCGCCAGUCGAGCUGAGAGGGAGCGGGAUGAGGCUCUGUCUAAGGGCCAUGUGGUUUACGAGGGCAUCAGUGGACACAUUUUCACAUAUGACCGCUCAGCUUCCCAGACCCCCAAAGAUGAGGGCCGGGGCUCCGCGCAGCCUGGGGAAAUUCUUGGCAUGAAGCGUCCUUAUGACGUUAUGGAGGGAGGCAUCUCUCGGGGACAGCCUUUGAGGGAUUCACUGUCUGCACCAAACUGUGAGGGUCUGAUUGUUCGAGCCAUGCCUCAUGAUAGGGACAGUCCGCACCACGCACCUUACAAGGAUGCUCAUCACAUCCGUGGUUCCAUAUCACAAGGUAUACCUCGUCAUCUGGACCCUCAGGAUGGUUACCUGAGGAGGGAGGCUAAGCAGAUGAAGAGAGAAGGUUCCCCCCUCCGUGGCCCUGGUUCACUCUCAGACCCGAUGAAGGGCAGAGAGGGCAUGGUGCCCACAGUGAAGGAGGGCGGGCGCUCCAUCCACCUCAUUCCCAGAGAGGAGCUCAGACAGCCUGGAAAAGAGGGAACACCCAUGAAGCAGGAGGCAGCUGGUUCAGGGAAACGCCAUGACGUUCGCUCCAUCAUCGCCAGCUCACCACGUUCCUAUCAUACCAACCCCUCCCCCCUGGAGAUGCGUACUGAGAGAGGGCGCUAUGAAGAGGCACCUAAAGGGAGGCCCAGUGCUGUUGUUAGUACUGCUAGCCCUAUCGCCCGCUCCUCUCCACUCACCCUGGGGUCAGAUCAGGGAGGCAAAGCCCAUCAUAGUCCCGUUGGCUAUGAUGACAAAGGUGGCCUUAGGACCCCUUACCCUGGGCCCUCACAUAGAGGCUCCCCCCUCUCCAGGGAGGCAAGCCAAAGGCAGCAUGAUGGUUCAAGUAAGAAUCCAUCCCAAGAGCGCAAAGCUACGCCAUCCCCGAGGGAAAUGACUGCUACCAAAUCACCACUACAGGGUGUUACUGAUCAGCAGACCUACGAGCGUCUGCUGCAGGGCCUCGGAGCAGCAGAUGUGUACCGUCAAAUCCCCUUGGCCUUCGAUCCUUCAUCUUUGCCCCGCGGCAUCCCCAUUGACCCAGCUACCUACUACUUGCCACGCCACCUAGCCCCCAACCCAGCAUACCCUCAUCCCUACCCCUACCUCAUCCGUAGUUUUCCCGACACAGCGGCGCUGG